CCGCCCCGUUCCUCCUCCCCGGAGCGGAGAUGUGCGAGACCCGUGCGAGCGGAGUCUCCUCCUAGACCGGCAGCCAGGAUGAUGCGCCUGCAGCCGCUGCCCCUCGUCGUGGUCCAGGGCGUCCUCCAGCUCGUGUUUUGUGACGCUAAUCAAGUCGUACAAGCCACAGACGUGCUGGACUGGGAAGACAAGGAUGCUGCAGAGACAUUGGUCGAUAACGUGGUCCAUUCCCGGAUCAUCAAUCCUUUACGCCUGUUUGUUAAGCCAUCUCCAGUACUGAAACACGGCCAGGUGUCCUACUCAGACAGCAUAGAAAACUUUUGGGAUUGGUUGUCCAACAUCACGGAAGUUCAGGAAUCUCUCGCACGAACUAAACGCAGACCAAUAGUAAAAACUGGGAAAUUCAAGAAGAUGUUUGGAUGGGGCGACUUCCACUCCAACAUCAAAACUGUUAAGCUGAACCUCCUGAUCACAGGGAAAAUCGUCGAUCACGGCAAUGGGACCUUCAGUGUUUAUUUCCGACAUAACUCCACAGGUCUGGGAAAUGUUUCUGUAAGUCUGGUACCACCAUCCAAGGUGGUAGAGUUUGAGUCAUCUCCACAGUCGACACUGGAGACCAAGGAAUCAAAGUCCUUCAACUGCCGAAUUGAGUACGAAAAAACAGAUCGCGCUAAAAAAACUGCCUUGUGCAAUUUUGACCCUUCAAAGAUCUGCUAUCAAGAGCAGACUCAAAGCCAUGUCUCCUGGUUGUGUUCCAAACCAUUUAAAGUCAUCUGCAUUUACAUUGCUUUUUACAGCGUAGAUUACAAACUGGUGCAAAAGGUCUGUCCUGAUUAUAAUUACCAUAGUGAGACUCCGUACUUGUCCUCCGGCUGAUACAAUCACGGGUGACUGUAGAGAUACAGCAUCAGUCAUAAAAGUAAACAUUUCCAUUAACCUUUUGGAGAAGAAUAUGUUUUCCUAUCAGGUUAAAGAGUGUUUAAAAACUGUAGCUGUGUUUGUGCUGUAUCGUAACUAAUCAAACUAUUUAUGUAACAAACACUUCCAUUUGAGACCAUUGCAUUUUAGGCAAGACACAUAACAAAAAAUCAAUCAAAAUUAUGUCAGUAAUGAACAUCAACUUUGAAAAUCAGUUUUUUUAAACUGGCCUUCAUGGCCAAGAGGUUGCCUUUUACUUGAAUUGGACAGCACUUCGCAGGACUCUUUCUCAUUGAGAACUUUAGAAGAUGACAAUAUAAAGAACAACUGAUGAAGCAGACACACAGCUGCUUAAAAUACAAAAUGCAAAUAAAUAACUCUCCCACAAAGUGCAUAAAUAAUGUUGACCCGUCUGAAGGAACCAAGUCCAAAGACUAAGAGGAAGUGCUAUUUCUAGGACAAAAAAAAAAAAGGGAAGGAAUCAACAUUUCUGAGUUGUAGUAGUCAUACUUAUUCAUCGAAACAAAGAGUGAGUUGUUCUUCCCUCAGACUUCUAACCCAUGGAUAUGCAAUGAUGUAAUUAGACAUCAGUGAGAUUUAGUUUUAUUAGACGCACCAGGUGUGCAGGUUUGUUGUACAUUCUCCCUUCCAUGGUCACCACUGGUUUUGAUUCUCCUCAACUGUUUACACAUGCAUCAGUACUAGUUUUACAGUGAUAGAGAAUAUAUGUACCUUGGAAAAAGAUAAUCUCAAACUGUUUAAGUCUGAAGAGAACAGGGGCUGGCUUCCACUUAACAGAAGCAGCUAUCUAACCCGCUUACCACUGCGCUAUAGCAAGGAAAACACAUCACAGCGUAAGGACAAUACCUGAACAACACAAGCAUUCUGUUUAAGGCCACCCAGUUGUCUUCCUUACUACCGCACUGCACACCUUAACUCAAAAUAUAAGCAAUGACAAAUAAAGCAGAUAACAGAAUCUGUAUGUCCACCUAAUAAAGCAGAUGUCAAACAAUUGCUAUCAAUAUAAAAAUAUUCAGCCAGACUUUCCCCUCGCAGAGCAGAGCAUCACCCCACCAUCCUUAGUUGUAAGAAAGGAAAGCCCAGCUGUAGUUUUGCUCCGGUAGGACAGAUGUUGCUCCAACCACAGUCAAUAGCUCCAAUGACGCAGAUUCAAGAAUCAGUCCCCUCUGCUUUUGUUGGGUGUCGAUUUUGCCACUGCUGCUGAUUUGCUAUCAUAGUCCUCUGUGACAGUUUGAUGUCACAGGUCUCACGGAAGAAGCUGGCUGAGAAAGUGCUUUUUAUUGCCCUGCAAUCAAACUUACAUGCAAGGUCCUCCAAGGAGUCACAUACAGCUUAAAUUAAAUCCCUUUAAAGUAAUCUGUGGAAGCGGUGUGCACCCAGACAAAUGACGAUGACAGCUCAGAAAGACGCACUCAUGAGAUUAAUUCUGAUUUCCUUGGUAAAGUCUCAUACAAACAACCCCACUCUGUUAAAAAUACACUACAAGUAACUGGCUAAUUUGUUUUAGAUGACAAAUUUAAAUGUGUGGUUUAGUUUGAUCAAUAAUCUAAAUGUUUUCCUUCACCUUAUUUCAUAGAGUCUCUCCUGGUCUAAAUGAUGUUUUUUAGCUUGUCUAUUACUGUCAAUUCCUACAAGAUGGUCUACUUUGUAUUCUGUAUAGCGUAUCCUCGGUCAGGCUGUAUAUAAGCUUGGAUUUAUUGCUAUGAAUUCAGUGGUUGGUGCUUUUGCAACUUAGCUGUAAGCCAUGAUUUUAUUGCCAUGUAUUUUUACUCAGCACUGUAGGUAAUUAAAAGAAAACCCUACAUGCUAUUUAUUGUAGAGUAUGUGGAAAUCAUCUAUGUAUAUACACUUAAAUAUAUGUACAUAUACAGAAUAUAUGUGUACAUGUAUUUGUAUGUAAAUAAAGAGAGUUUGCUAAAUCUGGCACUUGCUUGUGGCAUAUUUGAUUUUCUUUUUUUUUUUCAAAUGUUGUAUAUGUGAUGACACAAAGUAAAACUAAGACACAGCAACACAUCACUGAACAUUUUUCCACAGCUGGAAUUUGUUUUCCCGGAGAUAUUCAAGCAUAUAUUGCAGUGAAUUGUGCUACAAGCUGAGGCUGAUGAGGUUCAGUAGCAUUUCAUGAUAUUUGAGACAUGAAGUGCACGUUUUGAUGAAGACAACCACAAAGUGUUUAAUAAUUGUGAAAGUUACGUUUAAAGUAAAGGAACUGGACGGGCUUUAAGGUCACUUCCAACCCAAACCAUUCUAUGAUUCUCAUUGAAAUCAGAGCUGGAUUCUCACCCUGUGCAGAUAUCACAUAUUUCACAGCUACAUCCUGGGUUGAGGGUUCCAGACCUCAGGAAGACCAAACAGGGCUCUGGAAACAUCUGGAGUGCCCUGGGCCACGUGGGGAAUCACAGGGAAAUGCUACUACGGAUAAAGAGACGUGUAUUUUAACAGCUUUAACAUCUCAGCUUCUUAAACAAGAAGACAUGCACCUUACCAGCAGUUUUUGACGUAAAACAACCCUCAGGCUCUUCAAGCAAGGCCCAGGAUGGUCCCGCGCCAUUGGAGCGGCACUGCGUACAGGGAGCGGCAGAGAAGCAAAGCCCACAACAGCAGAAGAAGAGUGCUGACAAGGACUUUCUGGCAACACUGGAACCCGCUGCCACCACCCGUCAUUCAGCAGAGCAUAGGGAGGAGCUGCCAUCUCACCUGUAAGCCCCCAAGGAGCUUUCCUGCCCCAAACCUCCUCAUGAGAUAGGAAUGACCAUCAUCAAACCCACUCUGCUCUCUCCACGCCCAGUAGAGUCUGCCUUCGGAGACUUCGCAUUUGCUUUAAUGUAGUCUGAGUGUUUUCCCAGGGAGAAGCUAACCCACAUCUGCAGCGUCUGACCAGCUUUACGAUGCUUUGAUGUUGGCGCGAUGGGUGACGUUUGCACCACUCUUCUCCCGUCAGACGCCAGCACAAGGCGGCAGCCCAGUGGGAGGGAGCCUCAGUAUCAAACCCCAUCAUGCCAGAGAAACCACCAUCACGCUUUCUCGAUCACAAUAAAAGUCAGUUUAAAAGCAUUACAGGUUUUUUUUUAGAUAAAUUUUGAGAAAGUCGCUGUAGAAAAGCACUUACAACCUUAUUGCAUUCAAACUCAGAUUAAGAAGGAAUUCUUUACACCUAGCAAGGCAAGCAAAAUAUAAUCCAGUGAACC